AUGUACGGCUGUCGUGACGCCGCAGCAUGUUGGGAGCUUGAGAUCACAGACUUCUUUACAACCAACGGUUUUGCUCCUGGCAUUGGUAGCCCAGUUCUUUUUGUCAACACUACAAGAGACUUGAAAGUUUCGAUACAUGGUGAUGACAUUACAGUGUUGGGUUUCGAAGAUGAUUUGAUGUUGCUUUACAAACAGAUGGGUACAAGGUAUGAAAUGAAGUUUGGGGGCUUGCUUGGUCCAGACAAGACAGAUGUUCAGAAUGUUGCUAUUUUGAACAGGCUUGUACAUUACGGUGCAACAGCAACAACAUUUGAAGCAGACCCCCGGCAUGUUGAGAUUAUUUUGAAUCAGCCCGAUGAGACAUUGUUGACAGGUACUGACAUCACAAGGUACCGUAGCUUGACAAUGAGGGCAAACUACCUGAGUUUGGACAGGCCAGACAUCGCCUACGCGACCAAAGAGUUGGCUAGAGGCACGCAGACUCCUACUCAGGGGCACUACAACGGCUUGAAAAGGCUUGCAAGAUACCUUGGAGGGCACCGGCGGCUCGUGUGGAGCUGUGCGGAACAGUCAGAGCAGAACAAGUUGAAAAUGUUUUCAGAUUCAGAUGAUGGUGGAUGCCUCACAACAAGGAAGAGCACUUCAGGUGGCGCAUUGAUGCAUGGCAGCCACUUGUUGAAAUUUUACUCUUCAACCCAGCAUGUGAUCAGCUUGAGUUCCGGAGAAUCAGAGUUUUAUGCAGGCAUCAAAGCUGGGAGUGCUUUGUUGGGUGGCAUCGCUACAAUGCAAGAUUUGGGUUGUGAAUUUUCAGCAGAGCUGGUGUUUGAUGCAACCGCCGCGAAGGCGAUGCUUGGAAGGCGUGGCCACGGUAAGGCCAAACACAUUGCUCGAUGUUUCUUGUGGCUGCAGCAGAGAAUUCAAGAUGGUGACAUUGUGUUGGGCAAACGCGGCACCAAUGUAAAUCCAGCGGACUUGGGAACCAAGCACCUGGAAGGUGCCCGCAUUGCCGAGUUGCUGACGCUUGAAGAGGGAGCCCAUGAGAUGGCCCUGAAAGCCUAG